UUAAGAAGGUCAGAAAUAAAUAGAUAAAUUUAGAAUUAUGCAUGUUUACGUUAAACUAACACAAACAAACCCUAUUGAGCUUUCUCAAAGGCCAUAAGUGUACCCCACACCAAGUUAUACCUUUAUUUAAUCUCUUCUCAGUUUGCGUUCCGAUCUCUGCUUUGAAUGUGUAUACAGGAAGGUAUUUUGUUACUUAUAUUAUGUUUUUAUAGAAUAAUGCAUAUCUUUGUAGUUUUUAUUAAUAAAUAAGAAUAUGCCGAUAAACUUAAAAAAGACGUGAUAUUUAAACAAAGAAGAGAAUAACAGUGAUAAUGUAAUUUUUUUAUUUUUAAUAACAAGACGUAAUCACAUCUUUGUGCAAGAUAAAAAAAUAAAAAAUGGAAAUAUAAUUAAAUUUAUUUUAUGCAGUGGACUUUAAAAAUGAUAAACUAUACAAAAUUGACAGUAACUUGUCUAGUGAUUGCGACUAGUGCAAUUCUAAUCAGCAGUGAUAAUAAUAUUAGAAAAUAUAAACAAAAAUAUACAAUUGAAGAUCUCCUUACCAAAACAUUUCCCAAGAAAACUUCAAAUGAUUUGGAUAUGGAUCCAUGUAAAGCAGGUCAUUUUUUAGAUGACAUUGCUAUACAAUCCCAAGUUCAACCUAACAAACUUACCAAAGACGAAGUUAUUUUCCAAGAAGAAGUUGAAAAAUAUAAAAAGGAAGUUUUAGAGGGUCUGCAAGUUGAAGAAGAAGGCCUCACCAAUUAUUUACGAAAAAAAUCAAAACAGAUCCCAAAUGAAAACCCUGUACGUGCAUCUAAUGAUCCACUGGGUGACUUAACCACCCCAGAAAAUGGAUACCAUGCCAAAUAUGAUAUAUAUUGGAAAUCCGGUACACAUGUACCUGAUGGGAUGAAUGGAAGACUUAAAAGAAAAAAGCGAGAUAAUUGGUCUCAAAAAAUUUUCAAAAACCGAAAAAUCAGGGCAGCAACAGCAAGAAAGGAAAGAAUAUGGGAUUAUGGCGUAAUUCCUUACGAGAUAGAUGGAAAUUUUAGUGGCCUUCAUAGAGCCCUAUUUAAACAAGCUAUGAAACAUUGGGAAAAUUUUACUUGCAUUAAAUUUAUUGAGAGGGAUAGAGACGAGCAUCCAAAUUAUAUUACUUUUACGGAAAAAACUUGUGGGUGUUGUUCUUUUGUCGGAAAGAGAGGUAACGGUGGUCAAGCAAUAAGUAUUGGAAAAAAUUGCGAUAAAUUUGGAAUUGUUGUCCAUGAAUUGGGUCACGUAGUAGGAUUUUGGCACGAACACACCCGACCUGAUAGAGAUAAACAUGUGGAAAUACUCCGUGACAACAUAAUGAAUGGCCAAGAAUAUAAUUUUAAUAAAUUAACAGAUGACGAAGUAAAUUCAUUGGGGCUUACUUACGAUUACGAUUCCAUAAUGCAUUAUGCACGAAGUACCUUUUCAAAAGGCACAUUUUUGGAUACAAUUCAACCAAUCGAUGUCCCAGGAAAAAAGAAGCCCGAAAUUGGACAAAGGGUAAGGUUGAGUCAAGGAGAUAUCGCUCAAACCAAUAUAUUAUAUAAAUGCCCAAAAUGUGGAGAAACUUUUCAAAUGAAUACAGGAAAAUUUUCACCCCAGGAAAACGCUGCUAAAUGUGAAUGGAGAAUAACCGCCACUCAUGGAGAAAAAAUUCUUUUAAACAUAAGCGAUUUAAAUAUUGCAAAGUCACAUGAUUGCAGAACAGAAUACGUGGAAGUGAGAGAUGGCUAUUGGCAUAAAUCCCCUAUUUUAGGAGUGUUUUGCAAAGGGAAAUUUCAUCAAAUCAUGUCUAGAGGAAGUAGGAUGCUUGUCAAAUAUGUUUCAAGUUAUCCCAAAGAAAAACCUGGAUUUAAGGCAAGCUUUGAAGCAAUAUGUGGAGGUGAUCUAGUAGUAGAAACAGAAGGUCAUUUGGAAUCUCCAAACUUUCCCGAUGAUUACCAACCCAACAAAGAAUGUAUAUGGAGAAUAACAGUACCAGAAGAGUUUCGUGUCGCCCUUAAAUUUCAAUCAUUCGAAGUGGAAAAUCACGAUGGCUGCGUUUACGACUAUAUAGAAAUUCAUGAUGGGCUUGCUUUGAAAAGCCCCGUUCUAAAGGUUUAUUGUGGAUAUAAAAUUCCCCAGGAUGUCACGUCAUCUUCCAACCAAAUGCUUGUAAAGUUCGUAUCGGAUGGUUCAGUUCAAAAGGCCGGGUUUUCCGCGCUAAUCUUAAAAGAAUACGACGAAUGUAGCGUGAUAGAUCACGGCUGCGAACAGGAAUGCAUCAACACAAUUGGCAGCUACGAGUGCAGCUGUAAGAUCGGCUACGAGCUUCACUCGGAUGGCAAAAAAUGCGAAGCUGCCUGCGGUGGGAUGCUUUCCGAUUCAAAUGGAACAAUAACAUCACCCUCGUUUCCCGAAUUGUACCCGCUCAACAAAAACUGCGUCUGGGAAAUAAAAGCCGAGCCGCAAUUUAGAAUCACCCUAAACUUUACUCAUUUUGAUUUGGAAGGAAAUAACGCUCAACCGCAUCAAUGUGAAUACGAUAGAUUAGAAGUUUACAGCAAAAUGUCUGACAAUAAAAUAAAGGACCAUGGUUUAUUCUGUGGUUCAAAACUUCCAAGUUUAAUAACGUCGGAUAGCAAUAUCCUAAGAAUAGUGUUUUCAUCGGACAGUAGUACCCAAAAAACCGGAUUCGCAGCUAUUUACUUUACAGGCACGUAAUAGUUUAAUUACAUUUUGUAUUUUUUUAAUAAACGUAGAAAU